AUGAAUCAUACUGCAGAGCAUAACAAUGAAGAACUAUUUCUUUCAGAUACUAGCUCAGAAGGAGACGUAAACGUGAAAAGAAGAAAGACAGACAAAAAUGAGAGUUCUACUGAUUCUGAUGAUGACUUUAGCGAUUGGGAAGAUGUUCCACUAAAUGAUCCUGAAACUUUGGAUUCGUUUAAUAUAAUAAUAGAUAAUUCUAAGGGAAAUCAGGAAGAAAAAAAAAACAGAGAUAAAUUAAGGGCUGCUAUUGAGAACAAACAAAGAAGGAAAACUAUACAUUAUCUUGGCAUGAUAUCAUAUAUGAUGCAUGGGUUUCAGCGGAACAAAUGGCUCAAUUCCAAAGAACUUCUAAAGAAACUAAGGAGAAUGAUACCUGAGUCUCUUAUUAGUACAAGAGUCAAGAAGUACAACAGGGUGCUAAAAAAGUUUAGAUUAGCACCAACAGAUGCAUCCUUGAAAAAUGAAGUUUAUGCAAAUUUUAUAUAUAUUGUUAAGUAUUUGAUUAAGUGGUUUAGACUCAAUUAUAAAUGUGAUUCAAAUGGUUUAAGAGUUUUGGGUUAUCUUCCACGGAAAUCUAUUUCUUCUGAGAAUAUGAAUGAUUAUUUUCCUGACUCAUCUGUACCUAUAAAUGAUUUAAAGGGGUUCAUUUCAAUGGCUAAAAAAUUCAAGCAUAAUAGGGAUACAGGAGCUCAAAUAUUUACUGCUUUAUUGAGGUCACUAGGUUUUCAAGCUCGCCUUGUUUUCUCAUUGCCUUUAUUACCCACCAAUAGACAUGUUAAAAUUCAACCAAAGCUAGACCACGAGAAGUUACAGCGAAAUAAAGAUUUUGAUUUAUUAUAUCCUUAUUUUUGGACUGAAGUCAUUAACCCGAUAGAUGAAAGUGAAAUAUUUCUAAUAGAGAAUAUCUGUUUCUUUGAAGAAACCAAACGAUUAGUACGUUUGAAGAGAUUUACUGGAUCCAAUAUUACUAAAGAGAAUUUGUCCGAAUACUACACAGAUAUUUACUUUCCUAUACAGAAUCAGUUUAAUCAGAUGUCCAUGCAUUAUAUUGUUGCUAUGGAUAAUGAUAACUUAAUAUUAGAUGUGAGUGCUCGAUAUAUGUCAGAUAUAAGUUAUAGAUGGUUUAAUAGAUUAGAUCUUAGGACUGAUUUUGGAAAAGAAGCAAUGCUAUUUCAAUCUAUGUUAAGAUACUUGAAUGUUCGAAACACAUAUCAGAGCACGAACAAUAAAGAACUAGACACUUUGAGAAAUAUUGCUCUAUUAAAUUAUAACAUUCCUUCCAAUUUCUCAUCGAUGAAAAGAAAUCCUAAUGUGGUAACAGUGUCGACGCUUAGAUAUAAUGAGGUAAUUGAACCUAAUAUGAAACCUAUUGGUAAGGUAAAAAUAGAUAAAAAGUUUCUCAAGGAACCUGUCUUUUUUAAAAAUUCUAUUUUGGUAGGUAAAUCAGAACAACAGUGGAAGUUUUUGGGUAGAUCCAUAAGAAAUGAUCAAAUUAACUACCCCAUAAAAAUCACAAAAGCUUUGAAAAGACAGACUAUACUUAAGAAGAGAGUUUUCAAUGCCAAUAUUUUGAAUGAUACGCAUGAAUUAAACGAUAUAAAACUCUAUGCUUUUAAACAAACCUCGCCUUAUAUUAAACCAAGUGUGACAAAGCUACCUUCAGGGUUUUUGCAAUUACCCAGAAAUGAAUAUGGAAAUAUUGAAAUUUACAAACCAUUUAUGGUUCCUGAAAAAUGUACCUGGCUUACCUUAUCUAAUAUUGAAAAUAUUUUAUUUGAUUAUCAGGUUGGCAAAUUGGUACUUCCCUUUACCGAUAAGGUCGAAUAUGUUUCAGUUGUUUCAGGAUUUAAUUUUACGUCAAAGCCGGGACAAGCAAUACCAAUUAAACGAGGUGUGUUGGUGUUAGAACAGCAGGCAGUUUUGGCAAAGAAAAUUUGGCUCUAUGGUAAAAUGAAGCGCUAUGAAAUAGAGUUCAGAGAUAAUAGAUUGCGUGCAUUGGGUAACUGGAAUGAAAUAUUGAAAAGAUUGAAGAUAAAAUCAAUGUUAGAAGAAAAAUAUGGUUAUAUGAAAUAA